AUGAUCUGCGCAUCGCGACUUGGGGUGUCAUGGGAAAGUCUGAGCGACCGACCUGCGGCCUGCAGUGCCUUGAGGAGGCACUGCGCUCUUUGGGCGAAGUUCCUGCGUGGAAGCAACUGCCGAACACGCAGCAGCAACAUCAGUGCAGAGGCUGGAAAGCUUCCGUGGCCUGGCCGCCGCAAGCUGAUGGUGAGCCAUUAUUCCGGCAAGGGCACCAUUCUUGUACAGGGUGCGGACGCUGCACUGGUGGAGGAGAAGCUGAAAACAGCGAUUGAGGUUGCCUCGCGGCACCCGGGAACGACUGCAAUGCUGCAGGCUUCCUUGGAGCGGCAGAUUCCCACGCCGCAGGUGGGCGAUUCCCAGAUGCUGCACGCAAGAGAGCCCGUGAUGCCUGCUGCGCCAUCGAUGGAAGGCGAGCCAUGGUAUCUCUACUUGGAUGGAGCUUGCCCAAACAACAGAAACGUCCACGAUGUGGCACAUUCCGCUGGAUGGGGCGUGGCAGUUUUCGAGCAUUCGCCCGCACAUGGCAGGAGGGAGGCCUUCCGCCUCUUCGGGCCCGUUGAGGUCCACCGCAGCUCGGCUUUCUUCCUGGGCGCAGAGGCCCGGGAUCUCAUUCCUUACUGCGUCGGAGUCGGCAUCUUCUCGAGCAGAGAAAAGGUGUGCUCCAACAACACAGCAGAGCUGACUGCCUUCGGCGAGGCCCUCUUGUGGCUUCGUGACGAAGCACCGGGGCCCAAAGAAAGGCCGGCGGUGCUCUGCUACGACUCGCAGUACGCAAAGAAGGCGAUGACAGGCGAAAAUCGAGCGCACGCGAAUGUGGACCUGGUGGCAUCGGUUCAACGUCUCUGGCAGGAGGUGUCUACCAGAAGGCGACUGCAACUAAGUUGGAUCAAGGGCCACGCUGGCGACUUUGGCAAUGAAUUGGCUGACAAGCUGGCCAAUGAGGGGGCCGAAGGACGAGUUGGUGCUGCUUCCAAGCGAUGGUCCCGACGUGCAGCAGGAGCCUGCUGGACGGGAGGGCCAGAAGCCAAGCGUGCAAGAUGCGGGGCUUCUGCAGACCUCUCUCAUGCCGUCGCCGUCGGCUCCCGUAUGGCUUCCACGAGCCAAGCGACAGGAAGCGACUCAGAUCAGCCUGGAGCCUGCGGAGGGCUCAGCGGAGCCGGAGCCGGACUGCUCCUCUUCGGCCCGAAGAAGGGCCAAUCUUUGCACCAAGUCAGCUGCGAUCCGAAAGCAGCCGCUCAGGCCAUUGAUGCCUUGCAAAACUUUUUGGUCACAGCGGGCCUUUGGCAGGCGUUUGAGUGCUCCAAAUUCAAUCCUUCCGCGCGGCAAGAUGGCAACGCUGAGUCUCAUAGCGAGAUCCGGCGACCGCAAUACAGCGCUUCGUCGCAGCUGAGCACGUCCAACAUUCCAGUUGUGUUGUUGUGGACAGUUCAUGCGGUGACUUUAGCUGCAGCCGUCGCCGAGCGGGUGGCCGUGGGGCGUCUGGUCUGGCACCAUGGCUUCGCCUGGCUCUACAUCGCGCAGCUAUCCUUUCUCUGCACGUGA